ACUAUCAAGGAAACCAAACUGGAUUUGUCAUCAUGUAGCGGCAUCACAUCUCAUGGCUUCCUCGUGCUCGGCCGUCUGAUCCAUCUGAAUUGGCUCUCACUUUAUCGCACGCAUAUUACCAAUGAGGGACUCUUGAGUGUUGCCGAACUUUGUCAGCAUUUGCAGCAUGUGAACUUGGGAUCCUGUAUGGAUGUACAGAACAUGGAUAUGGUCCUGGAGUGCUUGACGCAAAACAACCCGUGA